UUUUGGGAUUUUUUUAUUUUUUGCUGUGCUAACUGUAAGAUGGAUGACAAACGGCCCCAUCGCAGCGAUAAGAUUUUGGACUUUUUGAGCUAUCUGCUGGCCACGCAGCGCCUGAAAUUCUGGCAACCGCAAGCGAAGCGCUCGAAUGUGGUCAAGUACAUUUGCCUGUCGGACGUGAGCUGCGACAUGGACUCGGUGAUGAGCACUCUGGCGCUGGCCUACUACCGCUACCGGACCAAGAAGUCCACGUUCGAGCACUACGUGCCGAUGCUCAAUAUGCGUCGUCGCGACUUCGAGACGAAGACGGAGGUCGCCUUUAUGCUGAACAAGUGGAAUAUCUACGCGCCGCAUCACCUGCUCUUCCGCGACGACAUCAAGAUACAAAUAAUGAAGCAGUGCCACUACAUUCUGGUGAACCACCACGUCAGCUCGUUCAACUGCCGUGUGGUGGAGUGCUACGACCAUCGCCCGUUCCGCAGCGACGAGGUGCCCCUGCCCGUGGGCUGCCGGCGCGACUUGAGCCUGCUGCCGAUGCGCUCGUGUGCCGGCAUGAUCACGGCCCUGUACAAGAACGCCGCGAUGGAGUGCCAGGUGCUGUACGACCUGCUGCGCACCGCGCUGCUCAUCGCCAACUGCAACUUUGUGCAGGUGCUGCCGGAGAAGCUGUGCGAGGUGCCGGACCUCGAAAUGCUCAAGUACCUGGAGACAUAUAUCCUGGGCAAGCCCAUGGAGCCGGAUGAGCGCGCCCUCGACUACCAGAAGCUGAUCAAUUCCAUGUUCGAUGGCCAAACGCUCAACCUGGACAAGCUGCUGCGACGCGAGUUCAAGGUGCUGCGCGCCAGCGAUGGCCAGUUGACGCGUCGCCUCGUCUUCACCAGCUUCCCGAUGGCCCUCACCAUGCUGGUCAAUCUCAGCCGAGCCCAAAUGGCCGUCGCUCACUUCGGCCACGAGCAGGCCGCCGACUUCAUUCUGCUGGUGAGCACAGCCCCCGGCCUGGCGGAGAACGAGACGAUGGCCGUCCAGCAGCUGGGCCUCAUCUCCAUGGACGGGUUGCGCGAUCUGGAUAGCCGCCGUCUGUUCGACCACAUGGUCAUCAAUCUGAAUGCGUCCGCCGAUCCCAUGAUCAUCCUGAACCCCUUUCCCAAGCUCGACUUCAUGCAGGGCGCCUUCUACCGGCUCGAUAAGCUGGACAAGAGCGUGCACGAGGUGCUGCGCCUGGUGGAGCGCAUCAUGUACCACUGGGCGGAAGACUGCCACUGUGUCACCGCCGACAGCAGCAAGAAGCCGUGCUUCUAGGCGGCAUAACUAAAUGCAAAUAAAUAAUAAACAUAUACAGACG